UGGCGGCGUCAGAUAUUCAAAACGAAACUUAAUUUCUCUACGUCGGAGGACGCAGCAGUGAAGAUAAACCGUUAGAAGGGAAACUUCAUAAUUUGUGGCUUUUCACUAUCCAGCCGUUCGGUUGUUUCAUUUUCAAGGAACAUGGCCCAGAAGGAAGGCAAGCAAAACCAGCAGCGCGGCAGUGCUGAUUAUGUGAAAAACCCACAUCUGGAGGGUAUGAAGGAGGACUUCCUUUAUCACAUCAACCUAGGAACUAAAACUAACAACCUACCAGAAAUGUUUGGCGACGUCAAGUUUGUGUGCCUUGGGGGCAGUUCCAAUAGGAUGAAGGCAUUCAUUGAGCUGAUUGCUAAAAAGCUCGGGAUGGAAGACCCCAAAUCGGAGUAUCCCAACAUCUGCGAGGGAACAGAUCGUUACGUGAUGUACAAAGUUGGACCCGUACUCAGCGUCAGCCAUGGGAUGGGCAUUCCAUCCAUGGCAAUAGUGUUGCACGAGAUCAUAAAGCUCCUCCAUCACGCACGCUGCAAGGAUGUCACAGUCAUACGCAUCGGGACGUCAGGAGGAAUAGGAGUUGAGCCUGGCACAGUUGUUGUUACCAAAGAAGCGGUGGAUCCCGUCACCUUCAAGCCUACGUUUGAGCAGGUGAUCCUGGGAAAGAUGGUGGUGCGCAGUACUAAACUGGACUCAGGUCUGGCCGAGGAGCUGCUGGUGUGCAGCAAAGAGUUCAGCCAGUUUAAGACGGUCAUCGGUAACACCGUCUGCACACUGGACUUUUAUGAAGGUCAAGCUCGCCUGGAUGGUGCCUUCUGCUACUACACCGAGAAAGAUAAAAUGGAUUACCUCAAAAAAGUCAAAGAAGCGGGGGUCUGCAACAUGGAGAUGGAAUCGACCGUUUUUGCUUCUAUGUGCGAACAGAGCGGUCUGCGAGGGGCUGUUGUCUGCGUCGCCCUGUUGAAUCGAUUGAAUGGCGAUCAGAUAGACAGCCCUCAUGAAGUUCUGGAUGAUUACCAGCAUCGUCCUCAGCUACUGGUCGCCUCCUACAUUAAGAAGCAGCUGCAGCUGCAGACCAAAGCAAAACACAACUGAAUGCAGUUGCUACACUGAUGUGAGAGCAAGAGCGUCGUUUGCGGUCUGGUAACAGGGGUUAUGACCCCCCCACCCAAAAAAAAAAAACCCCAACAGAAAAAUCUGAUCCAAGCAAUGUAACUCCCCCAUCCCCAAAUCACACCAUUGCAAUUUAGAAAAAAUAUUUUCAUGAAUAACUUUCUUUAUUUUCACUUUCCAUCUAAAUAAUAGCGUUUUUUAAUCAUCUGAUAGUAAUGAGUCAACGGGAGAGUGAGGGGCUGAAGCCGAGCGGCACAACACAGGCUGGAGUAAGCGGUAAAACUGGAUGCUGACUCAGUAAGACCUAAUUGUAAUACAGCUAAUCCCUUAUAUUCAACUUGCAAAAUGUGAAGUGGAGGUUUACUCUAAUAAGCAUCUUCAGGAUCAUGAUGAGGCACAGAGAGCAGAGGGACUUUUAUCUGAACUAGUUAAAGUUAAAGGGCCUGGCAGUAGAAAGUAUAUAUAGAUCCCUCUCUGUGAGCUUCUAGUUGGAUUAGCCUCAUUAUGUGAAAAUAUCUGGUCCUUUACUUCAGUAAAAACAAAGCACUUAAUCCUAAAGCAGCUAAACACAUUAAAAGGUCCUGCAGAUCGUCACAUUGUGUCCCGCUGCUACAGCCGGUCCUACAGUCCAGUUCUACCUGUAGACAGAAAAAAAGUGUUGCUCAAUAAACCGGGAAAACAUGCAUAAAAUUGCAAAAAAAAAGCUUCCCUCUUCUCUUUUAUUUGUGAUGGUCCUAAACAUCUGGGCUGUUUAAAGGUUGCAGAAGAAAUAAUAAUUAAAAAAAAUCAUAGCAAUUAAUCACAAGUGUAUCAUUAACUAGUUAAUCGUUUUAUUUUUUCUGACUAAUACAUCUAACAUGCAAUAUUAUAUAAACUAAACUCAUUAAGCAAGUAUACGGUUUAACUCAAGUUAAAACAUGCAUUGUUUAUGUAUUCAAUUAUUAUCUGUCAUCUUUUGUCCUGUUAAAAUCCAAGAGAGGUCCAGGAAGAGGCUCUAUGUUAUACUGUAAACACAUCAAAUUAAAACCUUUUUCUCUACAGAAAGAUUUUAAAAGUAAAGCUUGUAUUAAAGACUCAAAUGCUCACAGAAGAACAAAAGAUAGCGUUAUAAAAUAUUAGAUUUAUUAUGUUUGACAGGGCAAAUGAAAGUAGUUCAUUCUGAUUAAGACAGAAUAAUAUUUCGUCAUAUAUAUACUGUAUGCCUACAAUUUGACUAAGAUUUAAGAAAAUCAACUUAUAUGAAUGCACUGUUUUGAACUGAAAUUUAAACCAUAGAGCCCCAGGAGUGGAAGACUUUGAUGCAAGUUUAAAAUUUAAUAGCAUCCUUUAUGUUAUCAAAAAGUGAUCCCUCUGCUCGAACAAGUAAAAUUAUUGUGAACCUUUUUGUUUGAGUCACAAUAAUUUACAUUCAACAGAGACUCAGCCAAGGCAGUGUUAUUUGCUAAAUAAAUAGCUUCUGUCACUCUCCCAUCGCCGCUGUUCACACAUCUGUGGUGCUGAAAAAACACAGACUGCUACUUUUAACCUGUCAUUCUUGUUAGUCAGGUUAUUUAUUAGGAAUGAUGAUCAUUGGUAAAACCAAACGCGUUAUAAAUGCUGCCCUUUCUGUCCAUGAAAAAACGCUUUAUUUUACUCUGGGAUGACUGGAGAAUGUUAUGUGGCACUAUUUGGCACAGUGGUACAUAAGUAAAGUUAUGAAUUAAUAUGUUUUAAUGUGGCCACAUAAAUCAUAUUUUUAAUUAUGACUUAUAUUCAUACGCUUUUGCACCUUAAGCUUGCACCUUAAUUGUUUACCCUUUGCCUUAGUUUAGCUUUUAAUUUACCUGAGCGUUGAAUGCAUUUAGAUGUUGUAAUUUUUUUUAUUGAUUUGAUUUAAGGCACUUUUAUAUAUUUAAAGGGCUUAUAUCAUGCAAAACCAACGUCUUUGAGCUUUAAGCUAUGUUAUGAUGCUAUUCCUUCAUCAAAAUCAUGCCAAAGGUAUUUUUUUUUGCUUGAUCCACGCAUGUAUGACUAAUCUUUGUGAAUUUUGCUCUCUGAGCAGCAUCCCCUUCCUGUCUUGGAUAACGAGUGGUCAUGAUCAGGUCUACGUGGAGCUGUCUUUACGCUCCCCCUCUAGGAAGUACCUAAAAAAAAACAUGGCUAAUGAGCGGGGAUGUAAGGCAGAACGCAAUCAUUUCUGCUUAAAGUUUUUAGCACCCAAUCUGAGGAGCGACACCAAAUACUCUUUUUUUGAUACUAUGCUGCAGCAGCUCUAGAGUGAAAAAGCAGCGUGUCAGUGAAGGCAAGCGUCUUUUUUUCACAACAAAUUAAUACGCCGUAGUGCCAAAGACAAUAUUUCAUCAUAUAUAUGCCUAUAGAUGACUGGGAGCCUUAAAAAAAAGCAUGAAAUAGAUCCUUUAAAUUUCUAUUCCUUAAAACUUGAACUUCACACAUGCUAUAACAGAAUAUUCUUAACCAGUUCUUCCAAAAUUCUUUUUACUUAAGUGCCAAAGAAAUUAUACAAAUAUCAGGUAUUUUUUUUCUAUGUUGUUGUUUAAAAAAAAAAGAUCUGAACCCAAUAGUAUUCAUCUCAUUGAGACUCUUUAUUGUUCAUGAUUACUUGGUAUGUUAUCUCAACAACAACAACAAAAAAACAAUUGCACAGAGGUAACUUUUCAUCAACCUAUGUAUAAUAACAAAUACUGGUGCUAAAAACCUCUAUGUGAUACAGAGAUUAAAAAAAAUAUAUUUUUAUGAAUUAAAACAAUUGUCCUCACAGUGUUGUUUGUUACUUACGAUUGCAUAGCUGCAGAUUCAAUAAGUGCCGUGAGAAAAAAAUCAUUGAGGAUAUUUGUUUCUAGAUCAAUUGAAGGUAUUUGCAGGACUAAAAAGAGCUCAACUCCAGAACAUGAUUUGAUCAGAUCAUCAGAGUUUUUCCUUUAAAUCACUCAAUAUGUUUGUCUUAUGUUUGAAGUUCCGCCGUCUUAUCCAAAAUAUUCUCACAUCAAUUAUCAUGAAGCUAAAGGUUCAAGGCUUUUUGAAGGGUGUCGGUGGAUUUUUCCAUUUAGGAUUAAUUUGAUAUAUUCUGAUACACAUGAAAUGUAAUGUCAAACAGCAGAAAUAGUGUGAAAAUGACCAAUCCUUACAAAGUCUAUUACGUCCUUAAUAGUUUACUCCUGUUAAAAGUGCCUUGGAACAAUCUUCAAACCCCUUGAACCUUUUCACAGUUUUCAUUUUGUAAUAUUCAAACUUCAAUGUAUGUGAGAAAUCAAGCAAUUAUGUGUAAUGCUGUGCUGCUUCAAAAAUCUUUUCUUGCACUUUUAUGUUCAUUAAAGAACUUUUAAAAAUAAAACAUCUGAAAAGUUA